GCAAUCCGUCGUCGUCGAUCACUAUAAUCGAUUCUAAAUCAGCCGGUGCAGCGGGCAACUGUCAAAACAGCACUAGUUCUACGUGACUUUCCAAGGAGUACCAUGGCUUCCAACAACCCGUACAAGCACCUGCUGAAGAGUGUGGAGAUCAAUGGGAAGUCGUAUGAUUACUAUGACAUCGCCGCACUCGGACCCAAAUAUGCUCGUCUGCCGUACAGCAUCAGGGUGCUGCUGGAGUCCUGUGUCAGGAACUGCGACAACUUCCAGGUGCGAGAGCAGGACGUCACGAAUGUUCUCGACUGGGAGCAGAAGCAGCACGAUGAGGCGGGCGUCGAGAUCGCCUUCAAGCCCGCCCGGGUCAUACUACAGGACCUGACGGGCGUCCCAGCAGUCGUCGACCUAGCAGCCAUGAGACACGCGGUGCACUUGCUGGGCGGAGACCCCGACCGGAUCAACCCGACCUGCCCCGCCGACCUGGUCAUAGACCACUCCGUGCAGGUCGACCACGCGCGCGACCCGGACGCACUCAACAAGAACCAGGAGCUCGAGUUCAUCAGAAACAAGGAGAGGUUCCAGUUCUUGAAGUGGGGGGCGAAGGCGUUCGACAACAUGACCAUCGUGCCGCCCGGCUCCGGGAUCGUGCACCAGGUCAACUUGGAGUACUUGGCUCGCGUGGUGUUCAGUGACAAACAGCUGCUCUUCCCCGAUUCCCUCGUGGGCACCGACUCACACACCACCAUGCUCAACGGACUGGGAGUGGUCGCCUGGGGCGUUGGAGGUAUCGAGGCAGAAGCGGUGAUGCUGGGGCAGGCCAUCAGCAUGCUUCUACCGCAAGUGGUCGGCUUCAAGCUGACGGGGGAGCUGAGCCAGCUCGCCACCUCCACCGACCUCGUGCUCACCAUCACCAAGCAACUCCGUUCUCUCGGCGUAGUGGGAAAGUUCGUAGAAUUCUUCGGCCCGGGAGCGAGACAGCUGAGCAUCGCCGACAGAGCCACUGUGGCUAACAUGUGUCCCGAGUUCGGGGCCACGGUCGCCUUCUUCCCUAUUGACGAGACUUCACUGCAAUAUCUGGUGCAAACUAACCGCAGCGCAGAGAAGAUCGCCCUCAUCGAGAAGUACCUUCGCCUCACCAAGCAGUUCCGGAACUAUGACGACGAACUGGAAGACCCCGUGUUCUCACAGGUGGUAGAACUAGACCUGUCGACGGUAGUAACGUCAGUCUCUGGGCCGAAGCGCCCGCAGGACCGAGUGUCGGUCGUCGACAUGAAGCAAGACUUCGAGAGCUGCCUCACGAAUAAGGUGGGCUUCAAAGGCUACGGCCUGACCCCCGCCCAGCUCUCCGCGUCGGGCUCCUUCUCCUUCAGCGACGGCAGAGAGUACACCCUCGGGCACGGCUCCGUGGUCAUCGCGGCCAUCACCAGCUGCACCAACACCAGCAACCCCAGCGUCAUGCUGGGCGCAGGUCUGCUGGCCAAAAAGGCGGUAGAGGCGGGGCUGCGCGUGGCUCCCUACAUCAAGACCAGUCUGUCCCCGGGGUCGGGGGUCGUCACCUACUACCUCAGGGAAUCCGGUGUGACCCCGUACCUAGAGCAGCUCGGGUUCAACAUCGUGGGCUACGGCUGCAUGACCUGCAUCGGCAACUCCGGCCCUAUUGAUGACAACAUCGCCAACACUAUUGAGAAGAACGAGCUGGUCUGCUGCGGCAUCCUCUCCGGGAACCGCAACUUCGAGGGGCGCAUCCACCCGCACACUCGCGCCAACUACCUGGCCUCCCCCCUACUGGUCAUAGCGUACGCACUGGCCGGCACCGUGCGGAUCGACCUUGCGACGCAGCCUCUAGGCACCCGCCCCGACGGCUCUAAAGUGUUCCUGGCGGACAUCUGGCCGACCCGGAAGGAGAUUCAGGAGGUGGAGCGCCGGCACGUCAUACCCCGGAUGUUCAAGGAGGUGUACGCCAAGAUCGAGGACGGCUCGCCCUCGUGGCAGGCUCUUCAGGUGGCCUCGGGCAAACUGUACCAGUGGGAUGAGCAGUCCACCUACAUCAAGCGACCGCCCUUCUUCGACGGCAUGACUAAGGAGCUGCCGCCCCCGCGCCCCAUCGCCAACGCCCGCUGCCUGCUGCUGCUCGGGGACUCCGUGACCACCGACCACGUGUCCCCCGCGGGGAGCAUCGCGCGCGCGUCCCCCGCCGCCCGCCACCUCGCCAGCCGGGGGCUGACCCCCCGCGAGUUCAACUCGUACGGCUCCCGUCGCGGCAACGACGCGGUCAUGGUGAGAGGAACCUUCGCCAACAUCCGCCUCGUGAACAAGCUCAGCGACGCGCCCGGGCCCCAGACACGGCACCUGCCUAGCGGGGACAAGAUGGACAUAUUUGAUGCCGCUGAGAGGUACGCUGCGGAGGGCGUCCCACUGAUCGCCAUCGCCGGCAAGGACUACGGCUCGGGCUCCAGCCGCGACUGGGCCGCCAAGGGACCCAUGCUGCUGGGCAUCCGCUGCGUAAUAGCCGAGUCCUUCGAACGCAUCCACCGCUCCAACCUGGUGGGCAUGGGCGUGGUGCCGCUGCAGUUCCUGCCGGGGCAGAGCGCCGCCAGCCUCGGGCUCACUGGAGAGGAAGUGUACACUGUGGAGAUACCGGAGGCGCCGAGGACUCUUGAGCUUGUUACUGUGAAGGUAUCAGGCGGCGCGGUGCCCUCGUUCCAGGUGACGGCUCGUUUCGACACGGAGGUGGACCUGACCUACUACCGGCACGGCGGCAUCCUGAACUACAUGAUACGGAAGAUGAUCCAGGAGUAGGGGGAUAAGGGACAGAUUCAGCACCCCGAUCCGGAAAAAACAGAGCUAAUGUAUAGAAUCGAGUGCGAGUCGAACUAUUCGAAAGUGCUGUCAACCUGUCAACAACAAAAUGGCGGUGAAUAGAUUUGCGAAAGUUUGACAGCUAUCAUUCCAUAGGUCUGACUCGUAUUCGAAUAGAAUGCGAGUUAAAACCCUCGCACUCGAUUCUAUCAGAUAGGAUGGUUGCAGUGAGAGUUUAGUAGUUUUCCGGAUUACGCACAAAAAAGGACUAAGGGUGUUUUAACAUCGUGCGGAUUUACUCCCGCAAGCGGGAUUGCACGCCAUUUUCCACGCGUUACAAUGAAUACUUGUAUGAAAAGAACACAUGAGCUUGACACGCGUGCGGGGCAAUCCCGCGUUCGUAGGUAAAUCCGCACAAGGUUAAAAACACACUAACUAAAUCAUAGAUGGCGCUAGUAAGACGUUUCCGCCAAGGGAGUCGAGGAACAUUAUUUUUAUUUUAUAUUGAAACGUUUGUGGGCCUAAGGUUCACCACUUUACUAUAGAAUCUAUAAAUAUAUGGUCACAAAUCAUUUUCAAAUAUUUGUUAUUUUUACGCAUUUUAUUUUAUUUAUACUUAGUAAUUUAUUUAAAUAUUGUGGUUAAUAUUAUAGAGCCAAUGUGGUUACUAUUUUUCUUCAAAAUGAGCCGCAUUGUAUUGGUAAUAGGGUUUUUGUAUACUUACUCAUUUUUAUUUUGUAUACGGGAUAAUAGUUUAAGGAUAAAAUAGUGGAUAAUAACGUCUAUAUUCGUCAUUGUACCUACAUGUUUUGUAAUGGUUAAAAUAUGAAUAAAAUUGUUUAUUUUCACAA